AUGGAAUCGAAAACAACCAUAUCCAAUGAAAAUAUAAUGAAGUGUAUUUUGGAGCUGGUACUUAGUGCUGAAGGACUAAAAUUUCUGAAAAGCCAUCAUGGAGGUAUCGGCAACCACCCUCCACGGCGUUCAACCCCUCCGGCCGGUUUGUGGCCCUCCGUUUUUAAUUUGGCCACGAAGGCCGCGAUUACGGCGAACGCCACUUGCGGCGAGAGGGGCAGAGAGGAAUUUUGUCGGAUGGUAGAUAAUGGUAAAGGCCGUUGCGGCAUUUGCGACAAUUUCAGCCCGGAUCCCGGCAAGAGGCACUCUGUUAAUUUCGCCAUCGAUGGCAGCAAUCGCUGGUGGCAGAGUCCCGCCAUCUAUUAUGGGCCCCAAUACGAGUUCGUGACUAUCACUAUCGAUUUGAAACAGAACAAACUUUGUGGCACAUUAAAUCCGCAACCAGAUACUUAA